UAGAGGUAAUGAUUGUGUAGACCAUUGUUGGAAUGUAUGCGGGAGAGAUGUUCAAGUCCCAUGUCUUGGUUUAAAAUCUUGCCCCGUAUUUCGAAUAAUUCCAAAGAUUGCCUCGAAAUUUACUAUUGGUGACAGAUAUAUUAGAUAUAUCUGUGCAAAAUGCUUCGAAAAACAUGAAAAUCCACAAUUUCAAGAAAAUUUAUUUGGUCAAUCGGCAUUUACAUCAGAAUGGGAUGAAAAAUUUGAUAUAAUAGUAAAACAAUUAAUAAAUAGACAUAACAAAGAUUUUGGAGUUGAAGAAAUUAAUGCUGAAAUUCUUACUAUU